AUGAAUAUCUUGAAUGGAAACGCGCUUGUUACUGGAGCCGGUUCAGGAAUCGGUCGACAGUUGUCACUUGCGUACGUGCGAGCGGGAGUCAAAGGCAUCACUUUGGCAGAUGUCAACAAAGAUGGGGUUCUCGAGACGGCGAAAUUGAUCCAGGCUGAAUUUCCGGACGUAAAGGUUUUGCCUCUCGUUGUGGACGUGACGAACGAGACGUCGGUCAACGACAUGGUUGACCAAGCAGUCAAGACCUUUGGGACUCUUGAUUAUGCUGCGAAUGCUGCGGGAGUCGUCGUCAAGUCUCGCGAAAAGUCAGCCUAUGUUCCGACCAGCGAAUUCGACCGUGACAAGCGCAGGGCCCAGAUCGGUAGCAUCAUCAACUUUGCUAGCGUCUGCGGUUUCCAGGCAAUGCUUAACGUUAUGCCGUAUGUAGCCUCCAAGCACGCUGUCUUGGGUAUGACUAGGAGUGCGGCUCUGGAGCAUGGGCCGGAGGGGCUACGCGUCAACGCUGUCUGCCCCGGCAUUGCCGAUACGCCGUUUAUUGCAGACCUCAAGACGCUGAAAGGCGGCAACGAGCAGGAUCCUGUCUUUGCGAAUCCCCUCGGGAGACUUUGCUACCCUGACGAAAUUGCCGAUGCUGUUGUCUUCCUUAGCAGCACCAUGUCUAGCUAUGUAAACGGUAUUGCAUUAGUCUCAGAUGGAGGCAAGUCUGUGCAGUAUUAG